AUGAGUCGAUCGCGCGCCGUGUCGUCGCGCGCGUCGUCGUCGUCGCGCGCGUCGUCGUCGUCGCGCGCGUCGUCGUCGCGUGCGUUGAGAAGAGGACGUCAGUCGCUCGAGCGUCCUCGACGACGCGCGCCCGUCGCUUCGACGUCGGAGCGGGCGACGUCGGGCGACGAUUCUUCGGAGACGACGACGUCGGCGAGAGAAAAGUUUCGCUCGUCGUGGAACGCGCGCGAGGCAUCGCAGAAACGCGCCCAGGUGGACUAUCUGGUGGAGCUCGGGAAGAAUGACGCCGGGAACACGAAUACCAACGUGGGCGCGAAGGAGGGCAAAAUCGACGAUGUGUUCGUGCGAAACGCGACGGGAGAGUUUCAACUCGGGGCGGACUCGGACAUCGCGAGCGGUGAAUUGAGAUAUCGAUUUCAAGAGGCGCGGAAGUUUGCCAACCACGUCGGCGACUAUCACGUUCCACCCGCUUUCAUGGAAAAAGUGAGCGGACAUCUCGUGAAGAAUUUUCUGUUCGGCGGUGGUCUGAAUCACGUGCGUCAAAUGUAUAACGAAGCAGGUACGAUCGUCCAUCCGCCGAACACGCCGUUGAUUCUCGGCGUGUGGGGAGGAAAGGGGUGCGGCAAAUCUUUCAAUCUUGAACUGGCUUGUAAAGCCAUGGGGGUGACGCCAAUCGUCACGAGCGCAGGGGAGUUGGAGGAUGAAAAUGCGGGUGAGCCCGGUCGUUUGAUUCGACAGCGCUACAAGCGUGCAGGUGAGCUGCUGAGACGAACGGGCGUGAUGAGCUGCUUGAUCAUCAACGACAUCGAUGCGGGCAUCGGCUGGUUUCGUGACACGCAACAGACGGUGAACAAUCAGACGGUGUGUGGGACUCUGAUGAAUCUGUGCGACCAUCCAGAACUAGUUUCCGUCGGCGAGGACCGCGGAGAUGACGGACGGAAUAUGGUGACGGCUCGCGUGCCGAUCAUCGUCACCGCGAACGAUCUCUCCACGGUUUACGCUCCGCUUCUGCGAGACGGUCGAAUGGACAAGUGGUACUGGAGUCCGACGCGCGACGACAUUUGUGACAUCGUCCACGCUCUGUUCAAAGAUGAAGAAAAGUGGACGUAUGAAGCCACGGCGAGACUCGUUGAUGAGUUUCCCGGUCAGCCACUUGAUUUUUUUGGCGCCGCAAGAGCAAAGGUAUACGACGAUGCCAUCCAUCACUGGAUGUGUGUAGACGCGCGAGAGAGAUGCAGUCUUCUCAUGCGUAAAAUGAGCGUGGGCGGAGACACGGACCUUUUCGGAAACUCCGGCGCCGAUUCGUCGCUAUGGAGGUAUCACACCCCUAACGAAGUCGUGCGAGGAGCGUCCAUCACGCCGGAGAGCGUUUUCACCGCGGCGAAAGAGUUGGCAAGGCAGCAAGAUUUCAUGAUGGCCACAAAACUCUCGACUGAGUAUUUACGAUGGCAGAAAAACCCGGAGGACCUGACAGAUGAAGAGCGAGAGGCGAUGGAGGCAAAGGAUAGCUGGCGUAAAGCUAUGAAGAAGCAGGAAGAGAAAAGACGCGCGCGCGCGGCUGAGAUGCGCACGGUGCAGGCGACGCCAGAGGCUCUGGAGGCUCGAAGGCUCCUCUUAGAAGAGUCCAUGAAACGAGCCCGUGAACGACGACAAACGGACGAGGCCAAUCGGGCUCUGAUCAUGACGGAUACGGAAGAAGCGCUAUCUAUCCCAGGGCCGCCGGCAAAAAAGAGGUGGGCCACGGUGAGCGCCGAAGAAGCCUUUGGCGCGUUCCAGGCGGGUGAUUGCGCUGUGAUUGAUUGCCGUGAUACUAGAACGUUUCGUCGCGAGAACAUCGUCGGCUCGGUUAAUAUGCCUCUCGUGAACGUCGAUGGGAAGCCCUUGGCGUACUCGUACGAAUCAAACGCCCUGGAAUUCCUCAAACGGUUCACGACGAAAUUUCCAGACAAGGACGCGUCAGUCGUUCUUCUCGGCGGGACUCAAGCGGAGACGGACGGACUGGAUGAUCCCGAGCGUUGCGGAGCGAUGGAUGCCCUCAUCGAUCGCGGGUAUAGAAACAUCGCCGUCGUGUACGGCGGGUACGACGGAUGGGUAAAGGAGUACACGCCGGGUGGAAAGAAGCGCCUGAAGGAAUGGACGCUAGACAGCGUAACAAGUGCGUCGGGCACGAGCUGCGUAGGCGCAGAGUUGCCAGUGGUCGGCAGUCUCGCCGAAGAGCGGCGCGCGGCGCAGAUUGCGAAGAUUCGAGCGUUUGAACAGCGUCUCGCGCAACGAAAUUCGAACAGCGAGUGGAAAGCGGCGUUUGAUCGAUUCGAGCGCCUGUACUUUUAUAAUGCGGAAACCCAGCAGACGCAGUGGGCAGAUCCAUCGGCAUACGACGUGACGAACAAGAAUUGGUUGCUCACGUCGUCACAAGAUGGUGAAGACGCGCCAGUGGCGUCCGAUAUCUCCGUCGAAGAGGCCGUCGAACGCUUGUUGAGCGAAUCGUCCAUGGUUAUCGACGUUCGGAACCAAUUCCUGUUCCGAACAGAAGCGGUCGAUAAAUGCGUGAAUAUUCCCGUUCGUCGCGCGGAGGGAUCAAAGCUAUCUCCCACGUACGUCAUCGUCGGUAAAGAUGCUUUUAUCGAAGCCCUGGAGGCUUCAGGCGUUGCAAAGGAUAGAUCUGUCGUGUUCGUCGGCGGUGAAGACGUGGACGAGCAGGCGGAAAUCGCUGCUCGGUACGCCGCUGCGGCCGGGUUUCAAGACGUCGCGAUCGUUCGUGACACAGUGGCCCAGUGGCUCAAGCGAUUCACCGCAAGCGGGAAACCGAAAAGGGUGCUAGCGGCGGGCGCUUACAAGAGCGAUUUGCUGACAAAAGGCGCGUUUAAUCCGUUCGCCGGUGAAUCAUGA